CUUUACAUGAACAGUUUCAACGCCUUAACCUCGCCUUAACCUCGCCUUCAAUUCUGUCUGAUCAGAAUAUUUGCCUGAGCGCUGAAAAUCAUUCAUCUGCACUAACUCAUCAGUCACGAUGGGUAUCGCUAAGAAGACUCGCAAGUUCGCGCAGGUCAAACGCGCCAUCAGCCAGCGAGACAACCGCGUCAAGCAGCCCUUGAACGGCAAAAAAGAAGAGAAGAAGCCCCAAGGCGAAGAACUCACCCGACACAUCCCCGUCGCUCCAUCAAACAUGUUCUUCGCCGCCAACACCGCCCUGGGUCCUCCCUACACCGUGCUCGUGGAUACCAACUUUGUUUCACACACGAUCCGCGCGAAGCUGGAUAUGCUGCCUGCUAUGAUGGAUCUGCUGUAUGCCAAGUGCAUCCCAACCUUCACAGACUGCACCAUUGCCGAGUUGGAGAAGCUGGGCCCGAAGUUUCGGCUGGCGCUGAGGGUCGCAAAGGAUCCGAGAUGGAAUAGGCUGCACUGUGACCACGCUGGUACCUAUGCUGAUGACUGCAUUGUGGACAGGGUCAUGAAGCACAGAAUCUACACCGUCGCUACGAACGAUAAGGACCUCGUGCGGCGCAUCCGCAAGAUACCCGGUGUGCCGAUCAUGAAGGUUGCCAGAGGCAAAUAUGUUAUCGAGCGGCUACCGGACAGCUUCGACUGAGCGGCUUGAAUAUUCUUGCGAAAAUCUCCUGUCGAGGGCGAACCACAGCGCACCGGGGAAUUUAUCAUCUUUGCAUGUCAUUGCGCUGUGUCUUGAGCUUCGAGGCGGCUAUCUAUCAUCUGAGGUUGCUACAGCGUCCCUCCCGAGGCAGUUCGAACAUUUUCAGUCGAGCUGGGAGGAAACAACAGAGAUGCAUUACUCGGUUCACGAGGGUUGGAUCAAGAGUUUGCUUUCAUGCGUGUCGCUGGCCACAGCUCGAUCCCAUUGGCCGGCCCGCAGCCAGCAGGACCUGGCUCCCCGUCAAGGUGUAUACCUUGAUGCACGCAAUCUCUGGGCAGGUAUGGGACGGCCACAGGGGCACUGUGGUGCGCUU